AAAACAAAACCCUUUGUAGCACGUGACAUAAAACAUAACAAUGGCAAAAGUAUGUAUAUUCAGCCAGACCAGGACAUGAUAUGACCUUAAACAAUGCGAAAGGAAAUGGCAUUUUAAUAAUAAUAAUAAUAAUAAUAAUAGACAUUUACAUGGCGCUUUUCAUAAUGCACACACUUUUUUUUCUUCUAAAUGUCACCUAACAUGUUGCAUUAAUGAUAGUUAAGGUAAGUUCAACACUGUAAUAUAAUCAGGUCAUAGUAGUUUUACUACUUUAAACAUUCGCUAAUUCAACUUAAGUUUUGUGAAGCCAUCACAUCUAGUUAAAAAGAGAAAUAUAUUUCCCUGUAAUUACUGAUUUACCUGGGACUUGAUUGACAUUGGUGCCUGUAGUUUUAUUUAGACAAAUGUUUAUUUAUGAAACAACAAUUAAAAGACAUGGUAGCACAACUAAUCUGAGUUAAUCUGUUUGUUAUUUUUCAGGUCAUCCAUCAAUUCAAUUAUUUGAAAUAGCCUAUUAUCAUAAAAAAAUCAACGGUUCUUUUCAGAGCCAUAUUCUUCUUCCUACUCUCUUUCACCCCUCUCAUUUUCUUGUCUUUUGUUUUGUUUUUCUCCCUCGCUGUAUGUCAGUUCAUCCUUUGUUUGUUGUUGCCCUUUUUACCCUCACUUAAAAAUGGCAUCCAAGCAACUGAAUGAAUGGCUAGAGGUGGGGAAAGCCCUCUCAGAUGAGUUGGCAAAUAAGAAACCGAAGAAACCGAAGAAACCAAAGAAAAUAACGCAAGGAUCAAAUAUGUCCUGGAGGAAGAGGGACCUGGAUGGGAACAUUCUACCCCAACAUUGGAAUAAGAAUCGAUCUGUUAAACCUUCCAGCUCUCUGGAGUCCCCAGAGGUCGAGGAGACACAUGAGAUUCCUCUACAGGUCCCAAGUCUUGAUUUUGUUAUUUUAGAUCAACAUCUUCUCACACUGAGAAACCUGUUGGGUUCUCUCACUGUCCCUGCAUCAUCAGAAGAAACACCCACUGUAACAACAUGGACCCAAAGACAGUUGAAACGUGAACAAAAAUUCAGAGCUGCAAUGCCAGAGCUCCUUAAUUUGAAAUUGGCUGCAGAGAUUGUCACUAAACGUUCCUGUCUCCAAUGCAAAACUGCUGAUGCUGUGGUCCGGUGCUUGGACUGUGUUCCACCAGGAACUCCCUUUCUUUGUCCGGCAUGUGACCCAAUUAUCCAUGGCAAAAAUGUCUUCCAUGACAGGGAAGCCAUGAUUGAUGGGUUUUACAGACCUAUUCCUCCCACAUCCUUAGUGGUUGUGGAUGAAAGUGGCCAAUAUGGACUCUGUGAACAAGUGUGUCUGCUUCCAAUUCCUCCACCAUCCCAAAUCUGCUUCUGUGGUCCAAGCCAAGAUUUCACCAUCAUCCCAGGAAAGCAGACCGUGUUGGUGACUAUCAAUGGUUUGUUGCCACCAGAAGACGAUGUGGUCAAGCAAAAAUACAGGAUUACUAUUAUACUUUUGUCCUGCGUUGCAUAGAUACCUGUCAAAUUGCACAUUUAUAUUUUUUCUCAGG